CGGUGGAGGGGGAAGUCCCGGAUGUUCGUUGGAGAUUCAACAUGGCGGCGGUAGUGGCCGCGGCGGCCGCGGCGCAAGGGAGUUGAAGGAGGUGCGAGGGCGCAGAAUUCCGGGCGGAGCAGCUAGGCCGCUAGCGACUGCAUUGCCGAGCCGAUGAGUAACCUGGAGACCUGAGAGAAGACGUCACCUGCCUGAGGGCAGUUCUAGCCCCACCAGCAUCUAAUCAGGCCUGGUAGGAGCCCAAGUCUGAGCCUGCGUGGUGCUGAGAUCCCAGCACCAUGUUUGGGAAGAAGAAGAAGCGGGUGGAGAUCUCAGCACCAUCCAACUUUGAGCACCGUGUGCACACGGGCUUUGACCAGAAUGAGCAGAAGUUCACAGGGCUGCCCCGCCAGUGGCAGAGCCUGAUCGAGGAGUCAGCUCGCCGGCCCAAGCCCCUAAUUGACCCUGCCUGCAUCACCUCCAUCCAGCCUGGGGCCCCUAAGACCAUCGUGCGGGGCAGCAAAGGUGCCAAGGAUGGGGCCCUCACGCUGCUGCUGGACGAGUUUGAGAACAUGUCGGUGACACGCUCCAACUCUUUGAGGAGAGACAGCCCACCACCACCCACCCGUGCCUGCCAGGAAAAUGGGAUGCCAGAGGAGCAGGCCACCAUGGCCCGAGGGGGCCCAGGAAAGGCGGGCAGCCGAGGCCAGAUCACUGGUCGCAAUGAGGCUGGUGGCAGCAGUGGUGACAGGCGGCGGGUGGGGCCAGAGAAGAGGCCCAAGUCUUCCAGGGAGGGCUCAGGGGGGCCCCAAGAGCCCUCCCGGGACAAACGCCCCCUCUCUGGGCCUGAUGUUGGCACCCCCCAGCCUGCUGGUCUGGCCAGUGGGGCAAAACUGGCAGCUGGCCGGCCCUUUAACACGUACCCUCGGGCCGAUACGGACCACCCAUCCCGGGGUGCCCAGGGAGAGCCUCGAGACAUGGCCCCUAAUGGGCCAUCAGCAGGGGGCCUGGCUGUCCCCCAGUCCUCCCGGCCUCCCACCCGCAUUCGUGGCCCCCCUGGCUCUGGGGUGCUGGGUCCCCAUGCCUCUGAACCUCAGCUGGCCCCUCCAGCCCAUACCCCCACCACCCCUGCUGCCCCUGGGCCUCCCGGUCCCCGCUCACCACAGCGAGAACCACAGCGAGUGUCCCAUGAGCAGUUCCGGGCUGCCCUGCAGCUGGUAGUGGACCCAGGUGACCCUCGCUCCUACCUGGACAACUUCAUCAAGAUUGGCGAGGGCUCUACGGGCAUCGUCUGCAUUGCCACUGUGCGAAGCUCAGGCAAGCUGGUGGCCGUCAAGAAGAUGGACCUGCGCAAGCAGCAGAGACGAGAGCUGCUCUUCAACGAGGUGGUGAUCAUGCGGGACUACCAGCAUGAGAACGUGGUGGAGAUGUAUAACAGCUACCUGGUGGGGGACGAGCUCUGGGUGGUGAUGGAGUUCCUGGAAGGAGGUGCCCUUACUGACAUCGUCACCCACACCAGGAUGAACGAGGAGCAGAUUGCUGCCGUGUGCCUGGCUGUGCUGCAGGCCUUGUCUGUGCUCCACGCCCAGGGCGUCAUCCACCGGGACAUCAAGAGUGACUCCAUCCUGCUGACCCACGAUGGCAGGGUAAAGCUGUCAGACUUCGGGUUCUGUGCCCAGGUGAGCAAGGAGGUGCCACGGAGAAAGUCACUGGUCGGCACGCCUUACUGGAUGGCCCCAGAGCUCAUCUCCCGGCUUCCGUAUGGGCCAGAGGUAGACAUCUGGUCACUGGGAGUAAUGGUGAUCGAGAUGGUGGAUGGGGAGCCGCCUUACUUCAAUGAGCCACCUCUCAAAGCCAUGAAGAUGAUUCGGGACAACCUGCCACCUCGACUAAAGAACCUGCACAAGGUGUCACCAUCCCUGAAGGGCUUCCUGGACCGCCUGCUGGUGCGCGACCCUACACAGAGGGCCACCGCAGCAGAGCUGCUGAAGCACCCAUUCCUGGCCAAGGCAGGGCCGCCUGCCAGCAUCGUACCCCUCAUGCGCCAGAACCGCACCAGAUGAGGCUCAGCGCCUGCCCCUGAACCAAAGAGCCCCUUGGGUUACCCCAGCCCUCCGAGGCCAGUAGGGGGGCAGCCCCCACUCUUCCAGGCCCAGGAGACACUCCGUAUGGCACCACCCUCUUUACUGGGAGUGGGUGUAAGGGACCCCACUACUGAACUCUGGUUUGAUUUUAUGACUUAAAAAAUCACAGUGACUUAUGGGAGUAAGUGAGGAUCCCAGGCCCUCCCCUAUGUUCUUCUAUCUCCGGGAAGGACAGGAGGCCCUUCCAUCACUGGAAACCUGCAGUGGGGGUUGCCAAGGGUGGAGACAACACUAUGAAAGAGGUGUGUGUGUGUGUGUGUGUGCGUGUGUGUGCACGCUGAAGGUCCGGUUACUCUGUCCUCUGGCCUGCAAGUGUGUGUUUCUGACACCUUGCCUGAUACCCAGCCCUCUCUCCCCCUGAGCCAUUGCGGGGGUUGAUCAUGAAUGUCCGAAGAGUGGCCUUUUCCUGUAGCCCUGCACACCUCUCUGGAUGGGAGACAGGGGUCGGGGCUUCCACCUACCCCUAGCCUCUGCAGCAAAUGACUACUGCACCUGGACAGCCUCCUCUUUUCUAGAAGUCUAUUUAUAUUGUCAUUUUAUAACACUCGAACCCCCACCCCAACCUGGGGACAGAUGGUCCCUGUCCUGCGCAGUGCACCGGAGACAGAACCACUGCCUGAAGAAUCAGGUUCCUGCACGGUCAGCGCCGCCCCACCCAUCCCUGAAGUUAGUUUUACAAUUAAAAGAUUGUCUUGUUU